AUGUCUGAGUGCAAACCCAUUGCGUCUCCGGCUCCUUCUAAACUGCAGUCAUACUCCCAAUCUGAACUGUCUUCAGUUCAAUCAAAAAAUUUCAGACAUAUUGUCGGAUCAUUGCAAUACUUGAUUAUUACACGUCAUGAUAUAGCUUUUACUGUAAACAAACUAUGUCAGCAUAUGCAUAAGCCUCUUGAAGAUGAUUUCAAAUUGCUCAAACGUCUCCUUCGCUAUAUCAAAGGUACCAUUCUAUUUGGAUUACCUAUCUUGCCUGGUUCACUAGAGUUAUCUGCAUUCUCUGAUUCUGAUUGGGCGGGUGAUCCCAUUGAUCGCAAGUCGACUUUUGGAUAUUGUGCAUUUCUUGGUUGCAAUGGAGAAGGAAAUCAACAAAUGUCACAAAUUAGAAAUAUGUUCAGUUAA